UCUCUCCCCGCCGCUCCUCCCGGGGGAGCCAGUUCUGCCCUCGGUCCCCUCCCUGAGCGGCUGGCACCGGCCCUGGGCGCUCCCGCCUCGCAGGGACAGGUUCCCCGCUCCGCUCCUGCCGGGCACGCCUCCCGCCGCAGCGCGCUGCCGUCCCCUCACCUCUCAACCGAGCCUGCUCGCCCGCUCCCGCCUCCUAUUGGCCCGGCGCGUUAUGAAUAUGCAAAUAAGGCCCCGCCACUGCCUAAUGGUAGACGAACGGAGAAUUAAUAUUCGCGUUGCGGCGCGUGGAUUGGCCGGUGCGCGUUCCGCCCCGGCAGCAGGGUAGGCUGCCCCCUGGCGGAGGCAGGAAGGGGCGGGCACGGCGCGGCGCCGGGAGCCCGAGAUGGUGGGCGCAGGGGCGCGCGGGGCGCCGCUGCCGCCGCCCUCCCUGCUGCCGCUGCUCCUCCUGCUGCUGCCGCCGCUGCUGCUGCGGGGUGCGGCGGGCGGCCUCGCCGACAGUGUCGUCUGGGCCGUCAACGCGGGCGGCGAUGCCCAUGUGGACGUGAACGGCAUCCACUUCCGCAAGGACCCGCUCGAGGGCCGCGUGGGCCGAGCUUCUGACUACGGUAUGAAGCUGCCAAUCUUGCGGUCCAAUGCGGAAGAUCAGAUUCUGUACCAGACCGAGCGUUACAAUGAGGAGACAUUUGGCUAUGAAGUUCCCAUCAAAGAGGAGGGUGACUAUGUGCUGGUGCUGAAGUUUGCGGAGGUCUAUUUUGCGCAGUCUCAACAGAAGGUAUUUGAUGUUCGCUUGAAUGGCCAUGUGGUGGUGAAGGACUUGGACAUUUUUGACAGAGUUGGACACAGCACAGCUCAUGAUGAGAUCAUUCCCAUGAGUAUCAAAAAGGGCAAACUGAGUGUCCAGGGAGAGGUUUCCACGUUUACGGGGAAGCUCCACAUUGAGUUUGUAAAGGGCUACUACGACAAUCCGAAAAUCUGUGCCCUAUACAUUCUGCAAGGAACAGUGGAAGAUGUUCCAAAGCUGCAGCCGCACCCGGGUCUGGAGAAAAAAGAGGAAGAUGAUGAUGAAGAUGAAUAUGAUGAUGGCUCCAGUGUUAAAAAACAGGCAAAUAAGAACCGGGUUCAGUCAGGCCCACGCACACCAAACCCCUAUGCCUCGGACAACAGCAGCCUCAUGUUUCCUAUAUUGGUGGCCUUUGGUGUCUUCAUUCCUACCCUCUUCUGCCUCUGCCGAUUGUGAGAUCGAGCCCCACAGAGCAUCAGCCAAGGGGCUGGGAGGGAAGGAGUUGGACCAAACAUGGUUGCUUUCAAUUUCUCCAUAUUGUUCAUAAUUUAAGGAAAAAAAAAAAAAGAAAAAAAAGAUGAUUCAUUUGGAAUGAAUAGCAGGUCCAGGUAAGAGGGAGCUUACCUUCCCCCUGCCAGCAAGCAGCGAGGCCCUCACCUUCCCCUUUGCACCAUGUGCAGCCUCCGAUCCUCCCUGGGGCAUCCAAGAGUAAACAGAGUCCUGGCUGUCUGUGUAUUGGGCUGUUGGAAGCUGAUGCUAGCAGUCCUGGGCCACGUCCCACGCUGAGAGAAUGCCAUGUGCUGCAGGAUCUCUACCUUUGCUGGGUGGAAUAUGGUUCCUUAAGCAGGGAAGCAGCUCCUAAAACCAGGCCUGGGUACACGUUUUGUCCGGGAGCGUGGAAGUGUUGUGGUGCUGUUGGGUCACUAGCGACUGUGCAGGAUGGGGCCUGGCUCAGCAUCUCCCUGAAUGUGCGCAACACGAUGUAUGGUACUCGCCUGUGUAAAGAUACCAGGACUCCAGCUAGCCGCUCAGCCUCUGUGGAGAUGUUCCCCUCCUAAGAGUGCAAGCUGUGCCAGGAACAGAGGGAUUUAUCUGGCCUGAUGUGCUGCACCAGUUGGGAGAGACGUUCCUAGUUUGACAAAUGUAAUGUUAGAUCCAUUGCAGAGGGAUUCUGCUGUAGCCUGCGAGAGGCUGAUGAUGUUAGCGUCUGAUCAGAUGCACUUGUUUUCUGUAUUGAUUAUGGCUUUUGUUUCCUUUAAUAUCCUUUUCAAAGGUUUAAUUUUAAGCCCAAUUCCUUGUUUUGCCCUUUCUAGCAGGUGACCUCUCCUUUGGAAGAAACUGAGAAUCAGAUGACCUAGAGGAGGUUCCUUGGCCUUUGUAACAGUUAGCUCCCCUCUCUGCCCUGUGACUACACAACCUGUGCUGUAGGACAGAGCGGAGCAACCCUGCGGAUGCUCCCUGCAGUAGGGACCAGGCCUGCCUGCAAGCAGAGAGAAGUGCAGUGGAGUUGGUUAGCGUCUACAGUUAGCUUGGCCUUUUGCAUAUCGAGGCACUGUGGUGAAGGGGCAGACGUCCAACAUUUCAGCACUGUAGAGCAAGGUGGUUCAUUGCCCUCCAGAGAUCUGGAUGUGAUUAGAACACUGGAGACAAGGUCACCCGCUUCCCCGGGGGAUACUUCUGCAAGAGGCUUCUGUUUCCACAUGCACAGCCUGCGCCUGCCUGACAGAGGCCGAGCAGAGCAAAAGCCCUUGCUGCGCCUGCUGAGCCGGAGCUGCAGGCCCCGCGGAGCUGCCUUCCCACGGUCUUGGCCGCUGACAUGUUGAGCACUUCUGGCUGGCAGGAGGGAGAUGUUCUGUGUGCCAGAGCAGGAUCUGGCCCAGGCAUGGCUGGGUCCCUGUGGAUCAGCUUCAGUCCUGGUGAGCUCUGGGCUCACAGAACACUUCACCUCAUGCUAUCUCUGUUGUUCUCAGAAGUGCACUCUCUUUUUUUUUUUUUCUGGAGCAGCUGCACUGAGCAGUGUCCUCCUAGCUGCCACUCCUCCCUGGGCCUGAGUUUUCCUAGUGGUUGUUCUUGUGUUUGAUCCUCUGCAGUGGCUCAGCCUUUCUUUGAGCUGAGAAGGGACAGCACAGUUCCCUAGUUUCCCGAAAGGAAACCAGAGGAGCAGCCUUUCUGUUCUGCUGGGCCCAAGCAGCUGAAGCCUUCUUUUUCUCCUAACCCUCAAUCUGUGAUAUGAGCUGUCAGCUCAUGGGCUCCAGAACGGGAGCUGGGGGAGGUGGCAAAGCUCUGCUCUGCACAGCGGUGGCACUGAACCUUGCCUUUCUGGUUGCAUACAUCACUGCUAUAGGCCUGACCUUAAUUCUGUGUCUGUGAGCUAAAAAGCAAGCAGGAGGACCUUAAUUACCUUCUCUCCAAUUGCGCAAGUGGUAACAGCCAGUUUGGCAGAAGCAAGAGGCUCCCUGCCACACCAGAAGGAGAAGACAGGCUUUAGAGAGAGCACAUCUGAAGAACAAACCGUAGGAUGAAAAGCUGGUAAGCUCGAAGUUGUCUUCUUCAACUUCUAGCUGCUGUUAAAAUCCUAGUACUUACAAAACUUUUAUAUGAGCUCUGUUUUGUUUGGUGACACUGUCUGCAGAUAUUCUCCAGCUUUUGGGAUUGCUCUAACUGGAGCACAGAGACAUUUAGAUCUUUAUCAGUUUUGAGAAGCAUGAACUGCGCUGAUUUGUUAAGCAAAGAAUCUGGGCUUGAUUCAAGCAAGCUUCUCUGUAAGGAGCUGUUCUCCUCCAGGCCUUUUAGGUUACAUUUUAUUUGAGCAUCCUUGAAGCAAGGAAUCACUCAGCUUCUUUUGGCUCACCCAGUAAUCUCUGCACCUUGCCUAGCAUGAGAAAAGGGGCGUGCAUUUAGGUGUGCGAAAGUCGGAGACAAGUCUUCUAGGAUAGUUUAUCCCUGCCUCUCCUGGCAGCCAGGGCACCCAUGUAGUGCCAUCAGCUGCUGUAAGGCAAGGCUGUGCAGGGUGUGAUCUGUUGUGUCCCAAUUGCUCAGUUCAAACAAAUUUGUCUUAUUUGCAUAAGAAUAGGGAGGAGGAAUAGUUCAUCCUUCAUGGCUUCAAUUUAGUUGUUUUGGCUCUGGUUUUAUCCAUUUUUGUCACUGCAAAGCUGGUGUCUGGGUGGUUGGAGGGUUCCUGACCCUGUCAUGGUGCUAUGAGCAUUUUUCCUUGUUGGUCUCUCCCCUCCUGACAGGUUUGCCUUGGAAGGAGCCUUCAAACAGUGUGUGGGAGCACAGAAGGGUGGUAGGGGAUAACCGGUCAGCACCUUGCUGUGAAUGCCGUACUUGGGCUGGUUCCCCUUGUCAGCUCUGUCUGGCACCCGCGAGCCAGCCAGCUGGGUAUAAUGAGAUACCUGGUCCUGACCAGGGAAAGAGAAGGUUUGGGUUAGCUGUAGCUUUCCAGCACAGGUGUUUGAGGGAAUAUCCAAGAUGAUGUUUAGAGGCAAGCUUGCUUGUGCUUUGUUGCCUCCAGCCAGCAGCGGCAGGUGAAGCGUGUGUCCCUGUGGGGAGCUGGGGCAGAAGAGACCCUCGCUUGAUUUGUGGAGCAGUUGUGUAGAGAGGGGCAGAUAAGGCAAUUCUAGUAAACCUUGCACUUAAUAAAGGGGAGACGACACCAUUGAUCAUGUUUUGGGCCUGGAUCCAGCCUCAGGGCAGUGGUUCCAAAACCUAUUUUAAUUACUCCCUCAUCAGCCUCUCCUUUCGGACCUUUAAGCCAGGCCGUUUCCCCCUUCUGUGUGUGUGACUAAAACAACAGCUCUGACCCUUUUGAGUAUCCCAGGUGGCAGUGAGCAGAAAGCCAAAUUAAUUCCUGUCUCUUUGGUGCCUUUGUCUCAGGCUUUAAAUAAAAGUCUAUUUGAAGAAGCUUCUUCUUCUUCUUUUUUUUGUUUUUUUUAAAGGAGCUUCUGAGUUGUUUUUCCCCAAGGGACAGGCAUUCCCUGCCCUUGUGAUCAGCUGGGGACUGUCUUGCUGUCCCUGGAUGCCAGCUCCAGAGUCACAGCUAAAGCAGAGAACUGUGAGUAUCUUUAGUUCCAGCCCUUGAGGUCAAUGGAAAAAAAAAGCCUAGCAGGGGAUAGAAGAACUGGAAGAGCUCCUUCAGGUCUGGUCUCCCCAAGAAAUCUCCCAAGGGCAGGAUGGAGAACUUCCAGACAGGCUGGUGCCUGCAUGUCUGUGCAGUUCAGAGCCGAAUGAGUCACAGCUGGGUCCCAGUAGUUGUAUGGUGCCUACAGCUUCUGGGUACAGAGUGUGGCUUGGGGGGUCCUGCCCCCCAAACUCACUCACUGAGGGCCUGCCCUGCACCGUUUGGGUCUAAACAAGGAGCAGAGACCUAUGCUUUGUCCUUUUUCCUUCCUUCAAGUUGAAAUGGGAUUGCAACAGGCAGGGAAAUGUCUUGAUAUAGGAAAUCUGGGCUGAACAGGCCUGUCUGAUGGAAAACAGCAGGAGGAGGGAGAGGACCAGCAGAGCAGCUUCAGCCCUUGAUAUGAGACAGAUUCUGAGCAGCUGCGAAGUACCAAGUGUUUCAGGCUCUGUUCGGUGCUCAAAUGUGGGAGAGAUCCAUCUGUUUCUUGCACUUAUGUGGUAGGGAGGGAAAUAUCCUUGCUGAGAAUCCAAGGGAAAUGGGAGCUGGGCCAGCACUGAGCUAAUUUACCUACUGGUGCUUCUGCAUCUCCACAACAAAUGCCAAAGUCUAAUACAAUUCAAGGAUGCUUUUUUUAAAGUCAGCCUGGUUCCACCAGUCUGUCUUCACUGGCUAGUCCCAAAUAAGCUCAGACACGUAUUCUCAAUGGCACAAACAUAACACCAGGCUGGAGCUGUGAAGGCUGAGAUGUGACUGCACAAACAGGCCUCCUGUGCUGCACCCCUGCUUCGCGCGCUGCCCAGCAGGGCUGGGGCACAUGCGUUUCACCUUGGAUCCAAAUGGAUUUGUCCCAGGAAUAUGGUAGCAACCGCAUUGAAAUGGUGCUGGGCUGAAUGGGAGAGGUGAAAGCAGGUCCAUGUCUUCCGGGACUCUGGCUUCCUCAGAGUUUAUUGCUGUAUAUUAAAUACUAUUUUUGGAGACUGGGGGGGGAAGAUGUGGGAGGGGGAGGGAAGUGGCGGUGCUGUCCCCAGGCUGAUCAGUGGGACACUACUGCAGGUUAUUGAUAGGUUUUGAUUUUUUUUUUCCCAAAAAAAGUGCUUUAUUUAAAAAAAAAAAAAAAUCAACAAAACAGAAGUGCUUUCCUCCCUCCUCGAAAGAGCGCUGUCUGAUUAGAAAAUGUGAAUAAUUUUUUGCAAACAUCAGAGGUCUCUGCUAAAGAGUUUGUGCGAGAGAUUUCAAGGCAAGGGGCAAAGUACAGAUUGAACCAGUUUAACUGGGGAGAGUGUGAAUCUGGGAAAUGCAGGAUCUCUGCCCUGGAGUUGUUCCCGGUCACACGUAGUGGGGAUGUGCUGGCCUGUGCUACCACGGCUGUUCUGUCACACCGUAGCAGCCCCUGAGCUAGGGUGCUGGAGCAAAGCAGAAUCUGGAAACUUGCUGGCAAGUAGGGGCUUGAAUUUUUCAUGGUUUCUACAGUAGCUUUGUGUGUUCAGGGCUUCCCCAUUGAAGAAACGGCCAGGUUGUUAAAGCAGCCCCAGAGAGCGUGAGAGCAGAGGCAGGAUUUGUGCUCUGUGUCAGGAGGCAGCAGCCAGGACUGAGAUGCUGGGUAGGUGACAACUACGUUUGAGUCCUGUCACUGUAGCAGCUUUUAGCAUUGGCAAAUGGUCCCACUGCUCCCUAGUGCCCGGCUGCGUAGGCUGGGCUGUGUGGAGGUGGCCUGUGCCGCUGGCAUUAAGGACGUGUCACAAACUACUUGAAGAUGCAGGUCUAAGUUGUCUGCAAAGGCCAAACAGUGUGGGGAGAGAUCUCCAUCUGUACUUGUCACCAGUACAAAGGGGGUUUAAGGAGGAUUUAUUAUUUUACUGUCCAUUGCUUUGUGUUAUAACAACUUGCAGUGACUUUUUUUUUUUAGUUUGUUUUGCAGCAAGCUUGGGCCCUGGGUGAAAAGCACAGAUGUCUAUUUCUGAUUGCAUUGGCUUUGCAAGGACUAGUUUUGGGGAAAAAGACGGGUGUGGGGGUGGGUUAUUUUAUUUUUGGUACAUGGUAGCGGUUUUAUUUUCUAAUUUCCCCAGGAUGUUUGGUUGAGGGAAUGUUCUGAAAUCUACUGUCUGGCAGUUUUAACCAGCAGUGUGUUAAAGGAAAAUAAACAAAAUUAUAUUGUCA